UACACUUAUCACACAUGAACAAACGGAACGAUAAAAAAAGAACCACAACUCCCAGAAGACGUCGGUGGAAAAAAAAACGAACAACAUCCAGGAUGCAGCGAGAGCGGACCGGAAGCUCCGGUGGCGCUGAGAAGCCCGACCGGGAGGCCGCCAUCAUGUCUAAAUACUACGAUGGAGUUGAGUUCCCUUUCUGCGAUGAGUUCUCCAAGUACGAGAAGCUCGCCAAGAUCGGACAGGGCACCUUUGGGGAGGUGUUUAAAGCCAAGCACCGUCAGACUGGCAAGAAAGUUGCACUGAAGAAAGUGCUGAUGGAAAAUGAGAAAGAAGGGUUUCCAAUAACUGCCUUGAGAGAGAUCAAGAUCCUCCAACUUCUGAAGCAUGAGAAUGUGGUGAACCUGAUUGAGAUCUGUAGAACCAAAGCCACCCAGUACAAUCGCUACAAGGGAAGCAUCUACCUGGUGUUUGACUUCUGUGAACACGAUUUGGCAGGGCUGCUCAGCAAUGCCAAUGUCAAGUUCACCCUAGCGGAGAUCAAGAAAGUCAUGCAGAUGCUGUUGAAUGGGCUGUACUAUAUCCACAGGAAUAAGAUUCUGCAUCGAGACAUGAAAGCUGCAAACGUCCUGAUCACACGAGACGGAGUCCUGAAGCUGGCAGAUUUUGGACUGGCCCGAGCCUUCAGCCUAGCAAAGAACAGUCAGCCUAACCGCUACACUAACCGCGUGGUCACUCUGUGGUACCGGCCCCCGGAGCUGCUAUUGGGGGAGCGAGACUAUGGCCCCCCCAUUGACCUGUGGGGAGCAGGCUGCAUCACGGCAGAGAUGUGGACCCGCAGCCCCAUCAUGCAGGGCAACACAGAGCAGCACCAGCUCACACUCAUCAGCCAGCUCUGUGGCUCCGUCACUCCUGAGGUGUGGCCCAACGUUGAUAAGUACGAGCUGUACCAAAAGCUGGAGCUUCCCAAGGGUCAGAAGCGGAAGGUGAAGGACCGGCUCAAGGCCUAUGUGAAGGACCCCUAUGCCCUGGACCUGAUCGACAAGCUCCUGGUCCUAGACCCAUCCCAGCGAGUGGAUAGUGAUGACGCCCUCAACCACGACUUCUUCUGGUCCGAUCCCAUGCCCUCCGACCUCAAGAACAUGCUCUCCACACACAACCAAUCAAUGUUUGAGUACCUGGCCCCACCCAGACGCAGGGGCGGACAUGUGCCCCAGCAGCAGGCCAAUCAGAACAGGAACCCGGCCACCACCAAUCAGACAGAAUUUGACCGAGUAUUUUGAUUGGCUAAUCAGUGCAGAAAAUCCAACCCGCCUCUCGUCCCGUUGUCUUGAGAGUUUGAUUAGGCACCUGGAAGGGGUUGAAUGAUUUUAGGGUACUUCAUAAAACCUUUUUAGUACUAUCAGUCUAAAAGUGCAAUUCAGCCUUGCUUUAAUGAGGUACAGGUUUUCACAUUAAGGUAGGUUUGUGAGAUAGGUCACUCUGUUUGGCUUUCUGAAGAACUUUUCCCUCUUGAUUUACUGUACCUUCUUGGUUUUAGACAAAAGGUUAAUACAUUUUCCCAUGCAAAGGAUAGGUUUCCUAUAGAGGUCUCCCUUGCUUUGGCCCAAGGCUAUUUAUUUCAGAUGAUCAGUUGGGUAGAGGCAGAGAACAGGAGAUGAAGAGAUCUUAGCAGGAGCCCACGUGUCUCCAGGACAGGGGUAGUGGCUGUGGGACAGCCUGCUUCUGCUCCUGAAUCAGAAGGGUGAACUGGCCAAAACUGCCCAAAAAGGCUUUUUAUUUUAUUUCAAAUAGAUAGCUGUAACUGAUUGAUUGUUCAGUUGUAAUGUCUGUUUUUUUAUAGGGAUAAAGUUUAAUAAUCUGAGCAGAUUUCAGGAACAGGGACCACUUUAUAGUUUGGGGGAUGUGUUCAGUGGACGAGCACUUCCAGUGCGCACCCCUUUGGAGGACUUGAAACUUCAGGUAGUCUGUUUGACAGCUAGAUGUUUUUUUGGUUUUUUUUGGUGAUGCUAUACAAGAACUGGUAACAAGAUGUUGUUUUUUAACAUUGUACAGCAAUGUUGAUAUGAAUGUAGUGUUAUUAUAUUGGUGUGUUCCUGUACUCCAUGCUAUGUAUGGUAUGUAUAAUAAUAAAACCCGUUUGUUCUGA